AUGGGCUUCAAGGUCAACAUCCUGAUCCCCAUGGCCGGGGAGGGCUCCAGGUUCCGGAAGGAGGGCUUCCUGCAGCCGAAGCCGGUCAUCGAUGUGGGAGGGCGGCCCAUGAUCGACUGGGUGCUGGGCAACGUGAUCCCGGGCUCGAGCAUCGACCUUGAGCCGACGUUCAUCGUGAUCAUUCGUCGCGCGCACGACGAGCUGUACGGGAUCAAGGAGAAGCUGCUGGCCAUCCGCCCGGACAUCAGGGUGUGCUUUGCCGAGGAGCUCACCGAGGGCGCGGCCUGCACGACGCUGCUGGCCAAGUCGGAGAUCGACAACAGCGACCCCCUGUUCAUCAUAAACUCGGACCAGUUCAUCGAGUGGGACGUGGACGCCUUCUGGAGGCAGGUCAUGCAGGAGCAGGACUCCAAGCAGGGCAACAUCCUGUGCUUCGAGAUCCCGAUGGAGAAGAACGACGUCAAGUGGAGCUACGCGAAGCUCGACGCCGACAACCACGUCGUGGACGUCCAGGAGAAGAAGGUCAUCAGCACGCACGCCACGGUGGGCGCGUACUACUGGCGCCGCGGCGCGGACUACGUGGCCUGCGCGGAGGAGAUGAUCCGGCGCGAUAUCCGCGUGAACGGCGAGUUCUACGUCGCCCCGGUGUACAACAUCGGCGUCGAGCGCGGCAUGAAGUUCACGAUUUCCGACUGCGAGCGCAUGUGGGGCCUGGGCGUGCCCAACGACCUGUCCGUGUUCCUCUCCGAGUACCUGCGGCCGCGCCGCAGCAAGGACGCGUCGCUCCUGACCGCGCGCAGCGACGUCGGCAAGGUCACGGCGGACGCCGCGUCCGAGCUCGACAACCUGCGGCGCCUGCGCUACAUCGCGCACCGCGGCAACGUGAACGGCAAGGACGUGCCGAGCGAGAACGACCCGGCGUACAUCAUGAAGGCGCUGAACGCCGGGUUCGACGUCGAGGUCGACGUGUGGUACGACCCCGCGCAGAAGAAGUGGAUGCUGGGUCACGACGAGCCCGAGUACGAGGUCCCGUUCGACUUCUUGCUCAACAAGCGGUUCUGGCUGCACUGCAAGAACGCCGAGGCCCUCAGGGUGCUCGCGGGCGACCCGCGCGUCACGUGCUUCUUCCACGACGUCGACGAGUUCACCCUCACCUCCAAGGGCCACGUGUGGAUCUACCCGGACAAGCCGCUCCUGGGGCCCAACUCCAUCGCCGUCAUGUUCUCCGAGCCCUCGAAGCUCCUCGGCCAGCCGCUCCUCGGCAUCUGCGCGGACAACGUCGGCGAGCUCCGCGCGCAGGCCGAGGCGCGCAUCAACACGCUGCUCAACCCCGCGGGGCGCCCGUCCGCGCCGCUGCCGAGCCUGCCGCCCGUGGACAAGCGCGUGAAGCUCGUCGUGUUCGACCUCGACGGCGUCCUCGUCGAGUCGAAGGACCUGCACUACGACGCGCUGAACGACGCGCUGGCCCACGUGGCGGGGCCCGACUUCGUCAUCGGGCGCGCGGAGCACGAGUCGGUGUACGACGGCCUGUCCACGAACCAGAAGCUGCGCAUCCUGACCGCGCAGAAGGGCCUCCCCGUGGACCUCCACAACGAGGUGUGGCAGUACAAGCAGGAGCGCACCCAGGAGCUCUUCCGGCAGCAGAUCCGCGUCGACAAGGACAUCCAGGACACCAUCAUCGCGCUCAAGCAGUGCGGGUUCCCCGUCGCCGUCGCCUCCAACUGCAUCCGCAGCUCCGUCUCCAGCCUCCUCGAGGCCAUCGGCGUGCUGCACCUCGUGGACGCCUUCUUCUCCAACGAGGACGUGCCGUCCGCGAAGCCCGCGCCGGACAUCUACCUCAAGGCGGCCAAGUCGUUCUCGGUCCCGCCGAGCUCCGUCGCCGUCGUCGAGGACUCGGUCAAGGGCUUCGAGUCGGUCGUCCGCGCCGGGUGCAACCUGCUGCGCGUGGAGGGCCCGCACGACGUGCGCGCGAGCAAGCUCCUGCCGCGGAUCUUCGAGGUCGAGAAGCAGUUCGACACGCACGUCAACGUGGUCUUCCCGCUCGCGGGCUCCCACGUCCAGUACUGGCUCAAGGGCCCCGAGCGGCUGCCCGAGGGCGUGCCCGUGUACCUGGCCGACGUGGGCGGGAAGCCGCUGAUCGAGUGGGUCGUCGAGAGCGUCAACAACUCGGGGCGGAAGGUGCACUUCACGUUCAUCGUGCCCGCGGUCGAGGCCGAGGCGUUCAGCCUGCCCAGCCUGCUGUCGCGCGCGACGAACUUCGCGCCCACCACGGUGCUGACGCUCAGCGCGCCGACGCUCGGGGCCGCGAAGACCGUCCUGCGCGCGAAGCACCUGGUCGACAACGACCGGCCGCUGCUGAUCUGCGACGGCGGGCACGUGCUGCGCUGGGAGAAGGACGUGGGCGACAUCCUGAACUGCAGCGGCGACGGCGCGGUGACGGUGUGCGAGGGGACCGACCCGCGGUGGAGCUACGUGCAGCUCGCGCCCGCGCGCGACACCGUCGAGCUGAUCCGCGAGAAGGCGCCCAUCAGCAACCUGGCGUGCACGGGCACGUACUUCUGGAAGCGCGGCGCGGACUUCGUGGCGGCGGCGGAGAGCAUGAUCGCGAAGAACACACGCGUGAGGGGCGGGUUCUUCAUCGCGCCGGUGUACAACGAGGCGAUCGAGAAGGGCAAGAACAUCAAGAUCGUCGGCGUGCAGCGCUGCUGGCACGUCCGCGGCCUGUCGGAGGUGCGCUCCUUCGCCAAGGAGGUCAUCACCGCGGGCGCCGCGAAGCAGCUCGACGGCGUGUACGAGGAGAUGCGGGAGCGCAACUCGCGGAAGAUCGCGGAGAAGGGGUACGGCCACGACGAGAAGCUGCGCGGCGAGGACGGCCGGAGGUGCCUGGCCGUGUACACGCUGGCGGGGGCCGACAACUUCUCCGGCGGCGCCAGCUUCGGCGACCUGGUGGCCGACCUGACGAACGCGCUCGGCUCCAACCAGGUCAUCUACACGGCCGAGGAGCGCCCGGGCGCGCUGUGCGCGCGCCUGCACUUCACCUUCAUGCAGCUGGUGACGUUCAGCAUGUACGCCGGGUGCCCGACGGACGAGGAGUACCGCGAGGCCGUCGAGGCGAUCCUCAUCUCCAACCUGCCGUCGUUCGAGGUCCGCUUCGACCGCCUCAUCUGCACGCCGGGCAACCUGCUGCUGACGGGCUACCCGACCGCGGACCUCAACAACGUCCGCGAGACGGUCCGCAAGGAGAUGGCGCGCGCGGGGCUGCCGCUGUUCGAGCCGUACAAGGUCGACAUCAUGCACAUGACGCUCGCGCGCUUCGCCAACCCCGUGUCGGACGCCCAGAAGGCUGCGCUGGACCAGAUCAUCGACAAGUACUCGGGGGCGAAGCUGGCGACGCUGCGCGUGAACGAGCUCAAGAUCUCGCCGGCGUCGUGGAAGAUGCAGCACGCGGAGCUGGCCAUGCACGCCGCGGAGACCAGCCACGUCGUGCUGCAGGGCUGA